GCUCAGCAUUUCCCUCCUCCAUUUUCCCAUUUCCCCCCAAACCUCUCCACCACCACCUCCUCAUCUGCCGCCACCGUGCUUCGAUCGGAGCGAGCGUCUCCGUCGCGGUGCUUUCUGAUCACUGUUAAUUAUAUCGGCGGCGAAAGCUAUCUGUUGUUAAGAAUUGUUACUAUGGAUGCUGAGGCUAACAGCAAUGUGUCAAGCAAGGGGCAAAACCUUGAAAAAUUGAAUCUUGGUAAUUCUGUUACCACUGAUGAAGCUGCUGCUGGUGAGAUGCUUAAAUUGGCCAAAAAGCCAGCUGAUUCCAUAGUUCCUGCAACUCCUGAUCUCAAGCAGGAGACUGGGGAGUAUGCACUUGCUUUUGUGUCCCCAAUUUCUUGCCCUCCCAAGGCUGUUUCCUUCAGUUCUCAGGAUGGCAUCCUUCCCUCAAAUGGCGGUGACAGUCCCCGCACUCCGAAAGAGAGUGUCUUUGAUCCUUUUGCUCCUGGACCCGAAGAGCUUCUCCGGGCGCCUCUUUGUCUGAAAAAGACUGGAGUUGCCCGUAUGCUGAAUUUCGAAGACUGUAUCCGUGUGCUGAAUUUCGAAGGCUGUACUGAGAAUUAUUUUAGUGUGGAUGCUAUGACCAGUGAUGAACUGCUGAUGGGAAGGUUGUACAGAAUGCUGCUGCGAAUUGUUGUUUCGAAACAUACUGAAGAGUUUCUUGCUGGGAUCCCGAAUCAAGUUUCUGAUUCUGAUUCUGAUUCUGAUGGAGGUAGCACGCCUUCUUCUCCACCGCCUUCUUCUCUACCGCUCUUAACUGGAAUUGCUGAAACUUGCCCUGCUGCUCCCAGGAAGACUGCAAGGAAAGUCAUAAGCAUUGACAGGGACUUGUGCAAAAAGCUUGAGUUCUGAUUGCACCAUGAACAUGAUGAAGAUGAUGAAUGCAUGCCUUCUCUGCAAUAAAUUGAGUUGCAUAUACUUGACUCAAUCCAUACAGCAUUAACCUAUUUAGUUUUAUCCUUCAUAUAAUAUACUAGCGGCAUAUUUGCUGGCAUCUGGCUCUGUACAAUAUAACUUGGGAUUGCAUUCAUUUCUAUUUGAGAAAAGGAAUGAUAUUAUUGCUGGUGCUA